AUUGAAUUUAAUAAAUUGUAAUGAUGAAUUAGACUCCUUCAACAAUAGACAUAUCUGAAAUAGUGUAAGAUGAAGAACAACAAUACUAACAAUAUGUUAGAUAGGAAAGCACUUUGGAAAAGAAAUUGUAAUACUCAAUUUCAGCAAAUAAUUAAAUAAAAGGGGUAGAUUAAUAAGAAAUGUAUAAUAAAGAAGGAUGGCUAAUGAAAAAGAGUCCAAAAUUAUUAGUUGGAUGGCAAGUAAGAUAUGAAAUUAAUUAUUAUUUAAAUAGAAACGAUACGUUAAGAUUCAAGAUGGAAAAAUGUAAUAUUUUAAGGGUUUAGACAAAUUCAAAGGAUGCAUAGAUUUUCAUUUGAUAUCAGUAACUAUAAGUCCAAUAAUGAAGAAUAAUGAAAUUAGUGAAAUAAGGUAUUUAAUGUAAUAAUUAAUGAAAAGAUUGGAAUUAAAAGGAAUUAAAAAGAUAUUUUAAUUUAAGAGUACAGAAAGAAAUGAUUUAAAAGAUUGGUAUCGUUGUAUCUAAUAACAUAUAUUAAUGACUGAAUUUUAUCCAAAGAUGACAUUAUUGAAUCAUGAAUCAAUGUGGAGAUUUGAGAGAAUAUCUGAAACUUAUUUUAGAAAGAAGGCAGAUACUGGUGAUAUUCUAUUGUUUAGGUGAGUAUUCAAGUUGAUUCAUCUUAGAGGACAAUCUCCAUUAAGUAAAAUCUAAAGAGCCUUUACUGGUGACAACUUUGAUCAUGUAGCCUUAUUACUUAGAUACAAUAAUGGAGAAUUAUUUUUAUUUGAAUCAAUGGGAUAAACAGUAAAUUUUAAUUAUUGAACUCUAGGGUGUUAGUCUAUUGAGUUGGGAUACUUUUAUGAGAAAUAAUUGGCAUACAUUAUAUUAAUAAAUGGUAUAUAGAUAAUUAGAAGUAAAUAGAUAAAAUUCACUUCUUGAAAAACUAGAAUAAUUUGUCAAGGUUUUAUAUUUAUUUUAAAAUAAGGGAUCACUUGGCAAGAAAUACUAGAUGUCUCCAAGUAAAUUAAUUAAAAGAUUUACUAAAUCUAAUGAAUCUAUUGAUGAUCUUGAAAAAGAUGAUAAGACAUUUUUUUGUUCAGAACUUAUAGCAGCAGCGUACUUUGAUCUUUCAAUUUAGU